AUGUGGCACGCGACUGCGACCGGUGCGAUGAUCGCACCGGUCCGGUGGCUCUCUCGAGGGCGUCGGCCGCGCGCCAGGGCGAGCGCGUCGCUUCCCGUCGCGAGGGCCGUCCCCUCGGUUCCGACGAGCCGGCUCCCGGGAAUGAGCCGACGGCGUCCGCGGGACGACUCCCGUCCGCUUCGGUUGCGCGCGGCGGCGCAGAGGUACAGCCCUUGGGUCGACCCCGACGACGGCCCCGUCGCCGAGGACGCGCCGGUUCGCAUAGAUCGGCCGGUCGGAUACUCCUGGGGCGACGAGCUGGACAACCUCAGGAUAGACGAGGACGAGCGCGCGCGUGCUGCGCGCAAAUGGCAGGAGGGCGCCUACGUCCCCGACGACGACGACGACGACGAGAUGUACGAGCCCUCCCCGGACGGCGACACGCUCUACGGGAAAGGACCGAGCUCGAAGAGGCUGCGGUGGCCCCCGAGCCUGGGGCACGGCACCGUGCCGAGGAUCGCGCGCUCGCUCUGGGCGCUCGUCGCGGUCGUGGGAGUCGUGUGGGCGGUUUGGUCGAGCGUCAAGCACGUCAUGUUCCUCGAUUUCUCCACGCUGGACUUUGGAAACCUGGGGGCGGCGAUCGACGCUGCGGCGCUGGAGGCGCUCGCCGGUCUCGCCGAGGGCGCGCUCGUGUCCACCGUCGUCGCGCCCGUGGUGGCUGCCCUGACGGCGGGAUUCUUCGAGCUCAACCUGCGCUUCUUGACAAUCAUGACGGCGGCGAACCUGCCGCGGACCCUCGCGCCGGCCACCGCGAAGACCGUGGCGGACAGGGAACGGAGGCUCAAGGCGAUGAAAGAGAGCCGGCCCCAGCACCUGGCGUACGCCAAGCUCAAGAAGGCGACGUUCAGCGCGUGCGAGGCGAGACACGCCGCCGCCGCUCACGCCUGCGCGGCGUGGUCGCGACCCGUCGUCGCCGUCAUCCUCGGACUGGCGGUCUGGCUCACCGCGGUCGCCGCCGCCGGCGGGUUCGGCGCGUUCGUGGGCCUGGAGCGAUCCAUCGUGGGCGGACCCGGUGUGGGGCGCGGGCCGCUGACCACGGCGGGGGUGGCGGUUUGGUACGUCGUCGGCGCGGCGCUCGCGUCGCUGACGUCGUGUCUGAGGCGGCGGCCGGGUGCCUACGCGGCGGAUGCGCGAAAGGAGAUGGAGCGGCGGGAGAGGGAGUAUCUCGACGGUCUUCACAAGGGGACGUUCCUUUGCCAGUGGCGCUCGGACGAUUACGUCGCGCCGGGUGAGAGGAAUAAGGUUAACCCGGAUAAGCAGCUGACCAACCGAGUCGUCGCGGCGGCGGCGGUUGGCGCGGCGGCGCACAGACGGCUUCCCCCGUCGGACGCCGCGGCGCUCGUGCUGGACGCGUCGGAUGCCAAGACGUCGGAGAAGUUGUCCAUGGCGUUCAGCUACUUUGGGGUUGGGGGUUCGGACCAGGCGAACGGUUCGAAGGGGCCCGCGGGUCGGUUCAUGUCGUGGCUCACGUCGCCGAUGGCACCCGUCGACGAACCCGUCGAGGGUGAAUACUCAUACGGUGUCGUGUACGACAGCAUGUCCGACAGCUUCGACUCCCUGGACGAGGACGAAGAGGACGACAGUUUAUCGUUCGACUCGGAAGGGACGGAGGAUUUCGAGGAGUUUGAGGGUAAGGUGGUGCAAGCCGCGCCGUACCUGCGGGGCUCGGUGGAGCUCGGAAGGAGAGGGAAGGGUGCCAACAAUUGGAGGUACUGGUGGGACAACGUCAAGAUGAAAGCGUCGAAGCGCGUUGCCGCCGCUCGCGGUGCGUACAGGGCGGGCGCGACCAAGGCGGACCUCGAGCGUGAGGCUCUGGAGCUGAACGAGGGGCUGGGUUUCCCGGCGACGUCUGUGCUCGUGCCGAAUCAGCACACGCACGUGGUGCACUCGCUCCGCGAACCCGGGUCGCCGUGCACCCCGUACGCCGCGGACGUCGCGGAGGUGCUGAGAAAGCGCGACCCCAAGGCGCCGCCCCUCAACUUGGUCUACUUGGACCACUGCGGCGCGGUGAAGCAGCGCGAGCAGCAGCUCUGGGACGUGUUUUCCCGGCACUCCGUCGCCGACGGCGGCGUGUUGGCAGUCACCUUUUCCACCCGGGGGAAACGCCUGGGAUGGAGCAAGGCCGCCGCGGUAGCGGCGUGCGCGCGGGCCCUCGUGGAGGCGGCCGAUGCGCACGGGUACGAGCUCGAGGGCGGCGCGGCUGACGGAGCGCUGGAGCCAAACUACCUGGAGAGGCUCAUGGACUACACCGUCCACUUUGGAGAUUCCGUCGCCCCGUCGUCAUCGUCGGAGGAGGAUGAGGACCCGAACGAGUCCCCGGAGUACAGGCAGACCACGACGACGGUCGCGGAGAGCGAUGGGGUCGCCGCGGCUGCCGCGGCACUCCGCGCGCAUCGCUCAGCGGUCGACGCGGCGCUCAGGGAGUACACGAGGCAGUGCGAGUUGCUCGGCGGGGUGGAGGCGGCGUUCUCGGAGGUUGUGAGGGGAAACCCGGUGGAGACCGAGGCUAACAGGGCGGCGGCGCUCGCGGCCCGCGCGCUCGCCAACGCGCUCGUGGUGUGGGCGGACGACGUGCCCGCAUCCAAUGACGGACGCAUGGUGUCCUUCGACACGUGGGCGAGUCGUCGGCGGCGCAGGCUGUGCAGGUACCUUCACUCGAGGGUGUCCGGCGAGGAGUGGGACCGGGUGUCGCCGCCCACGCGCGAGGACGCCAGGCUGCUCCAGAGCCUGGGCAGGGAGGUGGUGAAGUCCGCGGGCAAGGCUGCCGACCUGGCGAAGCCCGCGAUUGCGAAGGGCGUCGAGUGGAGGAAGCUCGAGGGGGACAUCAAGGGCGAGCUCACCUACCCGAGGUGCUUCUUCCUCUACAACUCACUCAUGUUCUUCAUCUUCCGCGUUCGGGUGAAGAGGCGCGUGCGCAAGGGGAAAGAGGAGCGAACCUUCGAGGACAGAUUGAAGCUCGCGCCGCGAUAG